CAAUCAGGUUGCCAUUAGUUUCACGUGCUGUGUACAGGCAAUCACGCAUAUUAUUUGUCGGUUGCUGCUCAAAAAUCUCUGUAUAUUCUUAUUUGGUAGUGUGCUUUGCAACAUUUAAAGCAAGUUCAGCAGCACUGCGUUUCGCUCAGCUUUAGAAGAUCAGUCAAGAUGAGCACGAGUUCUUCCUCAACCUCAAUUGCCAAAAGGCUAGAAGGAAAGGUGGCUUUGAUUACUGGUGGAGCUAGUGGCAUGGGCGAGUCGAGUGCCAGGCUAUUUGUAAAACAUGGAGCCAAGGUCGUCGUUGCAGAUGUCCAAGAUGAGCUGGGCUACUCCCUUUGCAAAGAACUUGGCUCGGAUCAAGAAAUCAUUUCUUAUAUCCAUUGCGAUGUGACGUGUGACUCCGAUGUCCAAAACGCGGUGGAUUUUGCUGUCUCCAAGUAUGGAAAGCUUGAUAUAAUGUUCAGCAAUGCUGGCGUUGCAGGGAAUGUGUAUCCCAGCAUUGUAGACACAGAGAAUGAAGAUUUCAAAAGGGUUUUCGAUAUUAAUGUUUUCGGUGCUUUCUUAGCAGCAAAGCAUGCUGCUAGGGUCAUGAUUCCUGCCAAGAAAGGAUGCAUUCUUUUCACUUGUAGCUAUCUUUCAGUUUCUUGCUUUCAGGCUAUCCAUCCUUAUGUUGCAUCAAAGCAUGCUAUUCUCGGUUUGUCCAAGAAUCUAAGCGUGGAGUUGGGACAGCAUGGAAUAAGGGUCAACUGCGUGUCACCAUUUGUAGUUAUAACCCCAAUGAUGAGGAAAGCUAUGGGGGUAAUGGAGGCAGAAAAGGAGAAGUUACAGGAAGUGGUUUCAGCUUCAGCCAACUUGAAGAAUGUUAUGUUGGAAGCAGAAGAUAUAGCAGAGGCAGCACUUUAUUUGGUAAGUGAUGAGUCCAAGUAUGUGAGUGGGAUGAAUCUGGUUGUUGAUGGAGGUUACACUCUCACCAAUCCUGCCUUUGCAAUGGAAAUGCAAAGCUUCCACUCUUCUUGAGCUAGUUGGAUGCCCCGUUUACUUCUUUCUAAGGCAAUAAUUCAGAUAUCUGUCGUGUCAUUGUAUCUGAAAUAACUGAUGCAUCUUUGCUAGUGUGGAAGCUUCUUGUUUUCAAUUAUUUCUCUGUUCUUUCAGUUCAAUAAAUAAGUUUGUGGUUUGAUUCUCUAA